CUUCUACGUUUUAAUUGCAUUCCCCGUAAAAGAUAGUAGUACCAAUGUUUCAUAAUCAGCAUCCUUCCUAGCGUAGUUGUGAAAAAAAAAGGGAAAACAAAAAGGAGAUCGUUGUGCGGUGCCUCGACGAGACGACGAUAUUUCCCCUUCCCCUCGUCGUCGCCUCCGACUCCGACUCCGACUCCUCGUGAGCUCGCCCCGCCGCCUGCGCCGCCGAUCCCGCGAGGCGCGCCGCCGCCGUUCGUCCUGCUGCUUCCGCCGCAUCCCGAUACCGUGGGAGCACUGAAGAAAACUGAGAAAUGGAUGUUUUUCAGCGAUUCUACUGUUUCGUAAAGCAACCCUACUGUUAGUGUUGGUUGUUUGAAGAUGAUUGAGGGGUCAAGGUUUCAGAAUAUGUUGGGCGGUGCUGGAAUUGGAGGUGGUAUAGGUUGCAGAGGAAGGCAAGAAAACGAGAUGAAUGGCUUCCACAAUAUGCCCUACUACCACAAGGUCGGGGAGAGCUCCCACAUGUCCGUGGAUAACGCCGACAACCUGAACAUGAUGAACUUUGUUGGUGGUUCGGUUGCCAUGUCGGUGGAUAACAGCAGCGUGGGAUCAAACGAGUCCCGCACGGUCAUGCUCAAACACCCUGGCCUCCGUGAUAUGCCGGCGCCGAGUUAUUCGGUUCACAAUAGCGUCAUCCAUCCGAACCGGGCUAUGGCGCCUACUCUGAAUGAGGAUGCAUUGGCUCGGGUAUUGAUGGAUCCAAGCCAUCCGACGGAGAUACUUAGUAAUUACGAGGAGUGGACCAUUGAUCUGGGUAAGCUCGACAUGGGAGCUCCUUUUGCUCAAGGGGCAUUUGGGAAGCUUUAUCGGGGAACAUACAAUGGAGAAGACGUUGCUAUUAAGCUGCUGGAAAAGCCUGAGAAUGACCCAGAGAGAGCUCAAUUGAUGGAACAGCAGUUUGUGCAGGAAGUUAUGAUGUUGUCUACGUUGAGGCACCCAAAUAUUGUAAGGUUCAUUGGGGCGUGCCGGAAAUCAAUUGUUUGGUGUAUCAUUACUGAAUAUGCAAAAGGUGGAUCUGUUCGGCAAUUCCUUGCACGAAGGCAGAACAAGUCUGUGCCUCUGGGGCUGGCUGUGAAGCAGGCACUUGAUGUUGCUCGGGGGAUGGCUUAUGUGCAUGCCUUGCGAUUUAUCCAUAGGGAUCUAAAAUCAGAUAACCUUCUAAUUUCAGCAGACAAAUCCAUCAAGAUAGCUGACUUUGGAGUUGCUCGAAUUGAGGUACAAACUGAGGGAAUGACCCCAGAGACAGGAACCUACCGUUGGAUGGCACCGGAGAUGAUCCAGCACAGGCCUUAUGAUCAUAAAGUAGAUGUUUACAGCUUUGGGAUUGUCUUGUGGGAGCUUAUAACCGGCAUGCUCCCCUUCACAAACAUGACAGCCGUUCAGGCUGCAUUUGCUGUCGUAAACAGGGGCUCUCGUCCUGCAAUCCCGCAGGAUUGUGUGGAUUCUCUGAGCAAGAUCAUGACUUGCUGUUGGGACGCAAACCCUGAAGUUCGCCCAUCAUUUGCCGAGAUCGUUGUCAUGCUUGAGAAUGCCGAGAUAGAGGUUAUGAGAAAUGUCCGCAGGGCACGUUUCCGCUGUUGUAUUGCGGGGCCAAUGACCACAGACUGAAACUAAUGCAGGAUAGAGUACAGAAAAGAAAAAAGAAAAGAGAGAGGACACCAUGAUAUCGGUCGCGUUUGCGUGCCGAUAUGGAAGUCUCAUCCCUGGCCUUCAAGGUUUAAAAUUGCUGAUUUCUACUUUAUCAAAUAUGGAUGGUACCUUGUAUGAUUGUAUAUCUUAGCAAAGAGCCGUGUUAUGUAAUUCUCCGAAAUGAGCUAUCUUGUGAAAUAAUAGCAGCUGUAUUUGCUGGUUGAUCAGCAGCUGUUGUGUGUUCUUUGUCUGAAGCGUCGACCUACUUGUGGUCAUCAUCUCCUGGUCUUGUUGAUUUGAGUCGGUUGUAUAUGCUGCCAUUCUUUGCGCCUCCAAAUCCAUUUCAUAUUAUUCUCCUU